UUGGUAUGUAAUUCCAAAAGCCUCCGUUCAAAGACAGUAGACAUAAAGCACUUUACAGCUAUUUUUUUAACCGAUUAUUGCAUACCUCGUUUUAGAGCUGUAGAAGUCCUUACGGAACUUUGCGAUGCGUUUCAAGACGGUUUAGUAUCUGGAGAUCUAUGUAAUAGACUUUGUUACUACCGGGAUUGGAAAGUAACGGACUAUUACGAAGGGAACAAGGUAGUUUUGGUUCUGAAGGACGGCGGACAAACUGCUGUUUUGAAGAGCACACAUCCUUCAAUGAGUGACUUUGCUGAACUUGAUCGAAAGCUUACAUAUGAUGAGUUCUCGGACAAGGUAUUGGCAUUGAUAAAUGACGAACUGCGUCUUGGAUGGCCGCGUCAUUACAAAAAACACUUGAUGGAAGUUCUCUGGCCAACACUGAGAAGAACUCCAGGCGAGCAAAUGUCGGUGGUUGAUCGAGAGUCCUUAUGGACAUUACUUCAACAACCAGAGUUUAUUCUGUUUCGUGUCCUUCCCUUAACGAGAGUAACCCCAAAGAUCAUUGGAACAUGUGGUCAGUUUUACUCAACUGAAGCGCUGGUGGCAUUCCGAAUGAAGGGCUAUUACAUGAACCUCAAGGGCAAAAUUCUUGUGCACAUCAUGGGUACUCUCAAAUUGUUCUACGAAUUUAUUAACGAACCCUUGCAAUGGUGCGAUGUCCGCUUCGACAACUUGGGAUUAUCAGCUGACUAUCCGAAAAGGUUUGUAUUGAUGGAUGGCGACAUGGUUUACACAGAAUCUCGGUUGCGUGCCAUACUACAAGGACGGCCAUGCACCACUGAUGCCGACUGCAGGAUAGGUGACUGCAAGGCGAGGUGUACGGCCGCUAUGGUCUGUUCGGAAAGGACGGAUAGCAAUCUCGAAGUUUUUUGUGAGAAGCUGGUGCGGAAGCUAUUCGGACAUACGUAUUCGACCCAUAAUAAGUACUUAGCAGCAUGUCAGGAAUCGAAUGGAAAUGUCACGCAACGGCUCAACGAGCUGCGACUUACAUGGUCGUGGAAUCUUUCCGAUGUGUAA